UAAUUAAUUGUCCUGGAGUAUGAUUUUAAUUAAGGUUUUUACAUAAUUUAUUAUAAAUAGUUGAUUAGAGGAAAAGCUUGAAGAGGUGUAGUUGACUUGACCUUGCUAGCUUAGUUUCCUUCUGACAGGAGUUUUCUUAAUUCAUUGUCCUCUUCCUCCUAUUUAGUUCAACAACGAGAAGCUAUUCUAGGUUACGUGAUUAGCGUGAUUCAUUAACAUAUCCACCGUGUUCUUAAUUCUAUCACAAUUCAUUUGCAAAUCUUUCGUGGAAACAAUGCUUCUAGAGCUUGAGACUUGGACUGCUUUGGUUGUUUUGUUUCUGCUUGUGUUGAUUCUGAAGGAGUCGAUCAUGGGAGGUAAGAGUUCGAAAGUCUGUGAAAGAAGGCAUGCUUCAUCGUAUGGAUCUGCUGGUUCAUCGUCUUCAUGGGAUACCUAUGGAUACCCUCAGACACCAAACGUUUACCCACAACAAAAUAAUUAUCAUACGCCUCUUCAUAACCGUGCCCCCACUCCAUUCCACGACUAUUCACAGCCAAAAAGGAGGUUGGAUAGGAGAUACUCCAGAAUAGCUGAUGAUUACAAUUCACUUGACGAGGUUACCAGUGCUCUUUCACACGCUGGACUCGAAUCUUCUAACCUCAUUGUUGGCAUUGAUUUUACAAAGAGCAACGAGUGGACAGGGAAGAGGUCGUUCAACCGAAAAAGCUUACAUCAUAUAGGAAGUGACCAUAAUCCUUAUGAACAAGCAAUCACGAUUAUUGGGAAAACAUUAAGUGCUUUUGAUGACGAUAAUUUGAUUCCUUGUUUUGGUUUUGGAGACGCAUCAACGCAUGAUCAAGAUGUCUUUAGUUUCCAUUCAGAUGAGAGGUUCUGCAAUGGAUUUGAAGAAGUUCUGUCAAGAUAUAGAGAUAUUGCUCCUCGCCUGCGUCUAGCAGGACCCACUUCAUUUGCUCCUAUUAUUGAGAUGGCUAUGACUAUAGUUGAACAAAGUGGGGGCCAAUAUCAUGUCUUGCUAAUAAUUGCUGAUGGACAGGUGACCAGAAGUGUUGACACGCAACAUGGCCAGUUAAGUCCACAAGAACAGAAGACAAUUGAUGCAAUUGUAAAAGCAAGUGAGUAUCCACUUUCAAUAGUUUUGGUGGGGGUUGGUGAUGGACCGUGGGAAAUGAUGAAGGAGUUUGACGACAACAUUCCAGCCCGAGCAUUUGACAAUUUUCAGUUUGUGAACUUUACAGAAAUAAUGUCAAGGAAUGUAGAUUCAAGAAGAAAAGAGACAGACUUUGCUCUAUCAGCUCUGAUGGAGAUACCUUCCCAAUAUAAGGCAACUAUAGAUCAUGGCAUCCUGGGUGCACGGAGGGGACAUUCACCGGACAGGGUUCCUCUGCCUCCACCUCAUUAUGAGAGGACUUCUAUCCGCAGCACAACAUCUUUUCGUCCAAACAGUUCUCAGCAAAGUGCACCUACGUAUUCUGACUUUGAUAAUGUUAACAUGGCAUCGUCUUCAGGUGGCUUAUAUGAUAACAAGGUUUGUCCAAUUUGUCUGACUAACGGGAAGGAUAUGGCAUUUGGUUGCGGGCAUCAGACUUGUUGCGAAUGUGGAGAAAACCUCGAAUUCUGCCCCAUAUGCCGAAGCACAAUCACUACAAGAAUAAAGCUUUACUAGUUAACCUUGCAUGGGAGAAGCGAAACCAUGGAGUGCACGCACCACACAGAUUAAGUUGCCAUUUUCUGAAAGAACGUGCCGUAAGGUUGCAUCAAAUCACCUACCCGAUUAUUACUUCUACUUUUGUGUGACCUUCAUUCUCUCUUUUGUCUUACUUAUGCUCCCAUUUCUUUCUUUCUAACUCUUUUAAUUGCAUUAAAUCUGUCAGUCUGUCUAUACCUUUUCUCUUAUUUCUUUCUCUUCCAUCUCAAUCAACCCUGAAAAAUGAAGUGCAGGGCACUUUUAUACACUAUGACAAUGCAAUACCAUACUUGGGUGUCACUCAAACU